AAGUGUUUCAGUCAUCCCGUUGUUUCGGGAGUGGUUUCAGACGAGUCCAGAAUGUUGGCUAUGGCGCUGGGAUUUGUGAAGGUGGUGGUUCUGCUACUGGUUGUCGGAGGUACGCGAGCGGAUAGUAGCAUCGCGUCUCCGUUGCAGGACCCUUAUCCUUAUUUCUUCCCGCCCAUCGAGUAUGCGGAUACACCGGGGUUAUUUCCUAUGCCGCAAUGUCGGGGGGUUGAGUUGGAAGAGGCGACGGUUGAUCAAUUGCAAAGUGCAAUGAAUAAUGGUCAAUUGACUUCAGCGCAACUGCUCAAAUGUUACCUGAAAAGAGUCCAACAAGUCGACGGAUACAUAAACUCAAUCAUUGAAUUGAAUCCAGAUGCAGAGGAUAUAGCGAUUGCGAUGGAUGAGGAGCGCGCUCAGAAUAUCUCGCGAGGACCGCUUCAUGGGAUUCCGUUCGUGGUCAAAGACAAUAUCGCGACCAAAGACCAAAUGGAAACCACAGCCGGGAGUUGGAUGCUUCUAGGCAGCGUAGUUCCCCGAGACGCGUUCAUCGUUUCCAAGCUGCGAGAAGCGGGCGCAGUGUUGAUGGGUAAAGCCACGCUAUCUGAGUGGGCGGAUAUGCGAAGUAAUAGCUAUUCAGAAGGGUAUUCGGCAAGAGGUGGACAAGCUAGGAGUCCUUAUAACCUUACGCUGAACCCGGGGGGUAGUAGUUCGGGCAGUGCGGCAGCAGUUGCGGCGAAUGUCGCGGCUUUUUCGAUCGGCACGGAGACGGAUGGGAGUGUGAUUAGUCCUGCUGAGAGGAACGCUUUGGUGGGAAUUAAACCGACUGUUGGGUUGACGUCGAGGGCGGGUGUGAUUCCUGAGAGUGUGCAUCAGGAUACGGUAGGCAUAUUUGGUCGCACCGUCCGCGACGCCGCAUACGCAUUCAACGCCAUCUACGGCAUCGACCCCCGCGACAACUACACCAGCGCUCAGCUCGGAAACACCCCAGAACAAGGCUACAUCCCUUUCCUCGCAAACCGCACCGCAUUGAGAAAUGCCACCUUCGGCGUUCCCUGGUCGAGUUUCUGGAUCCACGCAGACCAAGUCCAACGCGAAACCCUCACCACCCUCCUCACCCUCCUCUCCUCCGCCGGCGCCACAAUAAUCAACAACACCGAACUCCCAAACUACAAGACCAUAGUCUCGCAAGAUGGGUGGGACUGGGACUAUGGCAACACAGCUCGCAACCGCCCCAACGAAUCAGAAUACACAGUCGUAAAAGUAGAUUUCUACAACAACAUCAAAGAGUACCUAUCCGAGCUCGAAAACACAAACAUCCGCAGUCUGGAAGACAUAGUAGCGUACAACUACGCCAACGAUGGCUCGGAAGGCGGAUACCCCUACCCCGCGGGCAUCCCCGCCUUUCGAUCCGGACAAGAUGGGUUCCUAGCAAGUCUCGCGACAAAGGGCGAGAUGAACGAAACAUAUUACCAAGCUCUGGAAUUCGUACAGCGCAGUACGCGGGAGGAAGGUAUCGAUGCCGCGUUGGCGAAUCAGGGGAGGGAGCUCGAUGCGUUGCUCGUCCCGUCGGAUGUAGGGCAAUCGUAUCAGAUUGCCGCACAAGCUGGAUAUCCGAUGAUUACGCUGCCCGCAGGUUUGAAUGGGAACACGGGGAUGCCGUUUGGGUUAGGACUGAUGGGGACGGCGUGGAGUGAGGGGGGUUUAUUGAAGUGGGCGAGUGCGAUUGAGGAUUUGCAGGGUAGUAGUGGGAUGGGGGGUGGUAGGACGUUGCCGAAAUGGCAUGGAUAUCUGGAGAGGAAUAUUCCUGUAAGGAAUCUGUGA